CAUAUAUACACGCCCUCCACCCCCAUCGCUGCAGUGUCUCAACUGCCUUGGAGCAAACGAGAGAGGAUAUAGAACACAGACGUUAAUAAGAGAGAGUAAAAGGGAGUGAGAUGUUUGUGUUUCCUGUGAAAAUUAAGAUAUGAAGAUGAAGCAGCAGGACUAAAAGGUGGAUUGCACACAGCCUUUCUCUCCCUGCAAGACAAGGGCUUCUCUGCAGUAUCCUUUGUAAAUGGAUGCUGCCUUGUGAGCACGAUCAAGAGGCCUUGAGCUCCUGGGGAAAUAUCACACCACAGAAGAAACAGAAAAGAUUUUGCCAAGAAGAUUUGGCAAAACUCUCCAAAUUGAGGUGUAAGAGUUGCAGAAACUGUACAAGGCCGACAAACCACCAGAGCCAUGUGGGAGGAGAGUGAGGGGGAUUUGCUAUUUGUACGCAUCAAGCCCAAACGCUUCCUCUACUGACACAAUCCCAGAGCUACUCCAGAUCUUUCCUGUGGGGGAGCCCCUGCUAUGAACCCCAGCUCCCUCGGAUUCAGCAGGCAGUCCUAUAUCAGUGCCAAGCGCUGUGUGGGCGUCCCACAAGUCUGGGUUCUGCCCACACAGGACUUACAGACUGCCCCAAUACACGAAGAAUGAAAUCCUCCUGAGUCACACCUCUGUGUGGCAGCUUUCCUGUCUCUGUUACUCUGGUCUGUUGUCAGGUUUUUUCCCCAGAAAGUUCUGACGUUUUCACGGUACCCUUUCCAACUCCUCAAACAUCUCCUUUCCUGUCACUACUUCAUCAUAGUUAGCUUUCCCAUCAAACAGCAGCACGAGUUCCUUUGUGCUCACCACGUGGUGGAGGACCAUGGGAUGCCGUCAGAGCUCGGAGGAGAAGGAAGCGGCUCGGCGCUCGCGGCGAAUCGACCGCCAUCUGCGCUCAGAGAGCCAGCGGCAGCGGCGUGAGAUCAAGCUCUUGCUGCUGGGCACCAGCAACUCAGGCAAGAGCACCAUCGUCAAACAGAUGAAGAUCAUCCAUAGUGGAGGCUUCAACCUGGAGGCCUGCAAGGAGUACAAGCCCCUCAUCUUGUACAAUGCCAUUGACUCGCUCACUCGCAUCAUCCGUGCCCUCACCACCCUCAAGAUCGACUUUCACAAUCCUGAUCGCGCCUAUGACGCUGUCCAGCUCUUUGCCCUCACAGGGCCGGCUGAGAGCAAGGGGGAGAUCACUCCAGAGCUUCUGGGGGUCAUGAAACGUCUGUGGGCAGACUCAGGGGUCCAGGAGUGCUUUCAACGAUCCAAUGAGUACCAUUUAGAGGACAACACUGCCUAUUAUCUGAACGACCUGGACCGCAUCUCUGCACCUGAAUACAUCCCCACUGUAGAGGACAUCCUUCGAUCCCGUGAUAUGACCACUGGCAUUGUAGAGAACAAGUUCACCUUCAAGGAGCUCACCUUCAAGAUGGUGGAUGUGGGUGGACAGCGCUCAGAGAGAAAGAAGUGGAUCCACUGCUUUGAGGGCGUGACUGCAAUCAUUUUCUGUGUUGAGCUAAGUGGCUAUGACCUCAAACUCUACGAGGACAACCAGACGAGCCGUAUGGCGGAGAGCUUGCGCCUCUUCGACUCCAUCUGCAACAACAACUGGUUCACCAACACGUCGCUCAUCCUCUUCCUCAACAAGAAGGACCUGUUGGCGGAGAAGAUCAAGCGCAUUCCUCUGACAGUGUGCUUCCCUGACUACAAAGGUCAGAACACCUAUGAGGAGGCGGCCGUCUACGUCCAGCGGCAGUUUGAGGACCUCAACCGCAACAAGGAGACCAAGGAGAUCUAUUCGCACUUCACCUGUGCCACUGACACCAGCAACAUCCAGUUUGUGUUCGACGCUGUCACGGACGUGAUCAUCCAGAACAAUCUCAAGUAUAUUGGGCUGUGCUAG